AGACAAACAUUUGAAAAGGCGAGUAUAAAAAAGUUGUUUACUCAAAGAACUUUUGAAUAUCAAACAAGCUGUGAAAUUUUCUGGACUCCGAACACAUUCUUGUAUGUAACCCAGUACAACCAAAAAAUCACUUUCAUCACUAUUUCGUAGAAAGACAAAGAACUGUAAAAAUAAGAGUAGCACGACUACGUCACGAGAAGAACAAAGCUUAACACGCGAGACAAAAUUUGUCGCUGACACUAUUCUGUAGUUUCAGCAAAAAAUACAAAAGUGUAAAGAAAGACGUCGCUCAACACAAUUUUCAACCCCCCACGCACGGUAAGAAACGGAAAGUCCUCGCUAGUACCCUCCACUCGAUCGAUCGUCGCAGAAGCAGCAAAAGCAGGAGCGCAACUUGACGAGGCGCGAAGUGCUUUUGCAUUGGAUAGAGCACUUGCAAACGCCUGCCGGUCGUUUUACCCCCACUCGCCAAGAUGGAUAAGAUUCAGGAGCAGAAGAUCGCGGGCGCGGAGCACCACCUGAAGAAGAAGGUACUUUAUUUAUCGGAAAAUUUUCUUUGGCAAAUUGUGCAUGACAAAAUGAUGAACUCGUGACUCCGACGCAUGACAAACAAACGCGACAUGUACUUCAUGUUUCAGGUGUACCGGUCCCAGAAGCCGGAAAAGGAUGACUCCGUCAUUGACUUCUCUUCGCACACUACGAUUUCAGGGAAAGCGCUAGGAUAGAAGGAAGCUUACAAUCGCAAUUUGUUCUCUGCAGAAAAUUUGUUAUUAGUAUUCCCAAUCCCGAUGCCGAUGCAUGAUGAUGAUGAUGUUGUGGCUUCACAUUCAUGCUUUUGAGGCUAAAAAUUCGAUGCUCUGUCAUCACAAUAAACCGAUCAUACGUCGGUUAUGGUUGUGCUUUUCCUAUACUAGCAAUUUUCCGCCCAAUACUCUUCCACGGAGACAACGCGUUCCACCAUACCCGCACGCACAACUUGAACAAGCCCCGAGACGGUACCAUUUUAUUCAGCUGAUACGGGUAGAUUUCUAAUGCGCAGAUCUGCAUCACUGUCGUGGUCUGUCAUGUAGAAUGCGUGGUGAGUAUGGGAUGGCAGCCUUGAAUCAGACCUCUUUUUUUUGAUUGUGCAUGUGCAAUGUAACCAGGUAAAGCUCCGCGUUCCGGGUACCACCGUGCUGAGAAAAUGGCGGCUGGAUACGCGAAGAAGCUGGACGUGCUGCCAUCCGAGAUCAACAAGCAAGUGGCCGAAUACGAAAAUGAAAAGCAGCUCUCGCCCGAGAUGAAGGACAAGGUGCCCGAGUUCCUGGCCGGCAACGAGGAGGACGAGAAGCCGGGCAAGCUGAACUCGAGCGGGGAUAGCGUGUAUUCGAUUUUUGCUCUCUUUUUGCUUCAAAGGUUCGAUGAUUUGUGUUGCGGAUGGAGCAUUAGUUACCAUGUGGGGAUGGGUUAGUGUGCCAUGCAUAACGAAUUUCAUUCAUCAAAUCGAAAACGAAAACAGAUCUUCCAUCGACAGUGCGCCGGCCGUCGUCAUCCCGAAGGCGUAA